CGGGCGGAGUGCAAGGAAGGGCAGUCUCCAGGCCAGAAAGUGCAUCUAGGCGCCAGUUGGUAUAAAGUUAGUAAAUGCGAGGCCUCACCCGAUGCCUGGGUCUUGGGCUUUGGUUCUCAGCCCUCCAUAAAUCAUCCUGCUGAAGGGGAAGACCCGUAGAUCUGGCUCUUCUCAGGUUUUGGAUACAUCUUCUGGACACAAAUGGAUAUCGGAGCCAGACUCCUUUCCGCUCUAACGUCUUGCUUCUGUACGUUACAAUCCUCAGUCCUCAUGCGGUCUUCAGUGAUGCCAGCUACUCUUUUUUGGGCACUUUAAAGACAAAUGAAAAUAAAAUGGAAGCCACUUCCCUGCAGCGGAAAUUUCCAGAAUGGAUGUCUAUGCAGAAUAAAAGAUGUGCUGCAGAAGGAAAGGCAUGCGUUGAGAAGAGUGCUCUUGAAGAUGGCCUCCCAUUCUUAGAGUUCACUGGUUCCAUUGUCUACAGUUAUGAAGCCAGUGACUGCUCUUUCCUGUCUGAAGACAUCAGCAUGCGUCUGUCUGAUGGAGAUGUGGUGGGAUUUGACAUGGAAUGGCCGCCCAUAUACAAGCCAGGGAAACGAAGCAGAGUUGCAGUGAUUCAGUUGUGUGUGUCUGAGAGCAAAUGUUACUUGUUUCACAUUUCUUCUAUGUCAGUUUUCCCCCAGGGGUUAAAAAUGUUACUAGAAAACAAAUCAAUUAAGAAGGCAGGUGUUGGAAUUGAAGGGGACCAGUGGAAACUUCUGCGCGAUUUUGACGUCAAGUUGGAGAGUUUUGUGGAGCUGACAGAUGUUGCCAAUGAAAAGUUGAAGUGCGCAGAGACCUGGAGCCUCAAUGGUCUGGUUAAACACGUCUUAGGAAAACAGCUUUUGAAAGACAAGUCCAUUCGCUGUAGCAAUUGGAGUAACUUCCCCCUCUCGGAUGACCAGAAACUGUAUGCAGCUACUGAUGCUUACGCUGGUUUUAUCAUCUAUCAAAAAUUAGAAACUUUGGGUGGUGCUGCGCAGGUGUUUGCUCUAAAUAAAGCAGAGGAAAACCUACCUAUGGAGAUGAAGAAACAGUUGAAUUCAAUCUCUGAAGAAAUGAGGGACCUAGCCAACCGUUUUCCUGUCACUUGCAGAAAUUCGGAAACUCUACAGAGGGUUCCUAUAAUAUUGAAGAGUAUUUCAGAAAAUCUAUGUUCAUUGAGAAAGGUGAUCUGUAGUCCUACAAACACUGAGACUAUACCAAAGCCGGGCAGUAGUUUUAAUUUACUGUCAUCAGAGGAUUCAGCUGCUGUUGGAGAAAAAGAGAAACAGAUUGGAGAACAUAGUACUUUUCCUAAAAUUAAAGAAGAAGCAUGGGACCCAGAACUUGACAAUCUAGUGAAGCAUGAGGAGGCUGAUGUAUUUAGAAAUCAAGUGAAGCUAGAAAAAGGUGAAUCUGAAGAUGAAAUAGAAGACAAUCUGUUGAGAGAAGACAUGGAAAGAACUUGUUUGAUGCCCAGUAUUUCAGAAUGCAAACUCCAAGAUUUGGAACAGCAAGCUGAAGAAAAAUAUAAUGAUGUUUCUCAUCAAUUUUCUGAGCAUUUAUCUCCCAAUGAUGAUGAAAAUGAUUCGUCUUAUGUAAUUGAAAGUGAUGAAGAUUUAGAAAUGGAGAUGCUGAAGUCUUUAGAAAACCUAAAUAGUGACGUGAUGGAACCCACUCACUCUAAAUGGUUGGAAAUGGGAAACAAUGGGAGUCUUCCUCCUAAGGAGGAAAAUGGAGCUGGAAAUGAAGCCAUUGGAGAGGAGAAAGAAGAUGACCAUUUAUUGCCGGAACCCAAUGCAAAACAAAUUAAUUGCCUCAAGACCUAUUUCGGACACUGCAGCUUUAAACCGGUUCAGUGGAAAGUCAUCCAUUCUGUAUUAGAAGAAAGAAGAGAUAAUGUUGUUGUCAUGGCAACUGGAUAUGGGAAGAGUCUGUGCUUCCAGUAUCCACCUGUUUAUACAGGCAAGAUUGGCAUUGUGAUUUCACCUCUAAUUUCCUUAAUGGAAGACCAGGUCCUUCAGCUUGAAAUGUCCAAUGUUCCAGCCUGUUUACUUGGGUCUGCACAAUCAAAAAAUAUUCUAGGAGAUAUCAAAUUAGGCAAAUAUAGGAUCAUCUAUAUAACUCCAGAGUUCUGUUCUGGUAACUUGGACCUACUUCAGCAACUUGACUCUAAUAUUGGAAUCACACUUGUGGCUGUGGAUGAGGCUCACUGCAUUUCUGAGUGGGGUCAUGAUUUUAGAAGUUCAUUCAGGACGCUGGGCUCUCUGAAGACAGCACUUCCAUUGGUUCCAGUCAUUGCACUCUCUGCUACUGCAAGCUCUUCGAUCCAGGAAGACAUUAUACGUUGCUUAAAUUUGAAAGACCCUCAGAUCACCUGCACUGGAUUUGAUCGACCAAAUCUGUACUUAGAAGUUGGACGGAAAACAGGCAAUAUCCUUCAGGAUCUAAAGCCAUUUCUCAUCCGAAAGACAAGUUCUGUCUGGGAAUUUGAAGGUCCAACCAUCAUCUAUUGUCCUUCGAGAAAAAUGACAGAACAGGUUACUGCUGAACUUGAGAAACUGAACUUAACCUGUAAAGCAUACCACGCCGGCAUGAAAAUUAGCGAAAGGAAGGACAUUCACCAUCGGUUCCUGAGAGAUGAAAUCCAGUGUGUUGUAGCUACUGUAGCUUUUGGGAUGGGCAUUAAUAAAGCUGACAUUCGCAAAGUUAUUCACUAUGGUGCACCUAAGGAAAUGGAAUCCUACUACCAGGAAAUUGGUAGAGCUGGCCGUGAUGGACUUCAGAGUUCCUGUCACUUGCUCUGGGCUCCAGCAGACUUUAACACAACCAGGUUGACGAGUAUGCUAGGCACUGGUAGCUGCAAGAGUAGGAUUAGAAAUCACCUUAUUGAGAUUCACAAUGAAAAGUUCCGGUUGUAUAAAUUAAAGAUGAUGGUAAAGAUGGAAAAAUACCUUCAUUCCAGCCAGUGUAGGCGACAAAUCAUCUUGUCCCAUUUUGAGGACAAACAACUCAAGAAGGCCUCCUUGGGCAUUAUGGGCACUGAAAAAUGCUGUGAUAAUUGCAGACCCAGACUGAAUCAUUGCUUUCCUGUUAACAACUCUGAGGAGACAUCCCAAGACUUUGGGCCACAAGCAUUCCAGCUACUGUCUGCUGUGGACGUCCUGCAGGAGAAGUUUGGAAUUGGGAUUCCGAUUUUAUUUCUCCGAGGAUCUGUAAGUGUAUCUGUAAUAGCUCCUAAUUCUCAGCGUCUUCCUGAUAAAUAUCGGGGUCACCGGCUUUUUGGUGCUGGAAAGGAGCAAACAGAGAGUUGGUGGAAGGCCCUUUCUUACCAUCUCAUAGCCGAAGGAUUCUUGGUAGAAGUUCCCAGACAAAGCAAAUUUAUAAAGACUUGUUCCCUCACAGAAAAGGGUAGAAAGUGGCUUGGUGAGGCCGGUUCGCAGUCUCCUCCAAGCCUUAUCCUUCAAGUUAAUGAAGAGAUGUUUCCAAAGAAGGUUCUGCUACCAAGUUCUAAUCCCGUAUCUUCAGAAACGACACAACAUUCCUCUAAUCAAAAACCGACUGGAUUAACUGCCGAGCAGUCUAAUUUGGAGAGAACGUAUUCUUACAAAGUGCCGGAGAAAUUUUCUUUUGGGACUAACAUGCCUAAAAAAAGUGUCACGAUGCAGGCCCCAGGGACAUCUUCCAGCUGCUUUGAACCUGCCAUCUCGGCCCAGGAGCUGGGAUCUCGGACUGUGUUAUAUACCAUGUUGGUGGAAGCAAGACAGAGACACGCUAAUAAAAUGGAUGUACCUCCAGCUGUUCUAGCAACAAACAAGGUUCUGCUGGAUAUGGCCAAAAGGAGACCGACUACUGUUGACAACGUGAAACAGAUUGAUGGUGUCUCUGAAGGCAAAGCUACUCUGUUGGCUCCUCUGUUGGAAGUCAUCAAACAUUUCUGUCAAGUAAAUAGUGUUCAGACAGACCUCUUUUCCAGUACCAAACCUCAUGAGGAACAGGAGGAGAGUCAGGAGAUGGAAAAGAAAGACCCCUCACUCCCCCAGUCUGCGGCCGUCACAUACACUCUAUUCCAGGAAAAGAAAAUGUCCUUACCCAGCAUAGCUGAGAAUAGACUUCUGCCUCUCACGGCAGUCGGCAUGCACUUGGCCCAGGCGGUGAAGGCCGGCUAUCCCCUGGAUAUGGAGCGAGCUGGGCUGACCCCAGAGGCUCAGAAGAUUAUUACGGAUGUUAUCCGAAACCCUCCUGUCAACUCAGAUAUGUAUAAAGUUAAGCUCAUCAGAAUGUUAGUUCCUGAAAACAUCGACACAUACCUCAUCCACAUGGUGAUUGAGAUCCUUGAGAGCGACUCCGCCAGCAGAGCCCAGCCUUCUUGUGAUUCCAGCAGGAAGAGGUGUUUCCCCAGCCCUGCAGAGAGUUGUGGGAGCUGUAAGAAGAGCAAGGGGAUGGUCACCGAGACCAAGGAAUCAUCUGAAAUUCCUAUAAAGAGAAAAUUACCCGACUGGUUUGCCAAAGGCAAUGUGCCCUCAGCUGGCCCUGACAGCUCAUCAGUGGCCAAGACAAAGAAGAAAGGUCUCUUCAGUUAAGACGACAGCUACGGAACAACCUGUGGGUCCCCAUCUUCACUCCUAUAAAGAAUGGAAGUAAAACUCACCUAAAUGUUGAGCCGCUGGCAUCUUUAAUCACCCAUCCCAGUUGAGAUAAAGUAACUCAACUAAGACCCUGGGCGCAGCAUCGAGUGUGACGUUUCCUUUCCCAGCCUCCGGAACCCUUGCCACUGUCCUGUUGCAGUCUCUCUCGUCUUGCAGCCAUGUAUGUGGGGAAUAGAGGAUGCGUCACUUUGACACGGAUAACAGAUUAGUAGUUGCAUAGUUCCAGAAAUGAAGAAGUCUUAAGUUGACAAGAUGGUGUCCUGUGAAUUUAAGACAACAGAUUCAUUUUACAGAUGGUCCUUGCUUUCUUAUGCAGAUGCCCGUAGGUACAUCGGCUGGCAGUGUCACUGCAGCAGCCCAGCAAGUGACACAUCAGCUUCCAUUUAAAUAGGGGAAGUGUUGAAAGAAUCCUAGUUACAGAGACAACUAAAUGCUAUGCAUUUUCUACAGAAUUUUUAUUUCUCAAGUAAAAGUGUUCUUUGUACUGAAUAUUAAAUAUACUAAAUUUUCACUUAUUUAAUUAUUGUUUGUGCCUUCUAUAUUUGAGGAUGCCAAAUUUUAAUGUCUUAUGUUUCACAAAGAAUUAAAAAACUGAAAACUCAACUCUAUUCUUGGUAAACUAUUGUUAUAUAAAUUCAAGCAGUUUACCAUAUAGCAUAUAAAUACAUUUUUAGCCUUGGAUUGACUUUUUUUGUAAAUAAGCGUGGAUUGUUAUUAAUACAGAGAAAAAUAUGCCUAAAUUCAGAGUAGUUUAAAAAAAGUCACUUGGGAUUUCAUUAGGAAAGGAUCCAAGCCAUUUUUUGUAAUCUGCCAGGCUUCCUCGUAUUCAGUUUCUUAAUCUGAAUCUUGUUGUAAGACAUUUAAACUAUACGUAAAACAUAAAACUUUCUCAUUUUUCUGCCAUGUAUUACCAGAAGGUAGCUUUAUGUAUGUCACACAUAAUCUCCAGUUGCUCCUCUUUCUCUGUGCCUUAAAAUGUGUUUGUACAUUUUUACCUGUUUACGCUUGGCCACCAUGCUUACCGUGCCCGAGGUCCCUGCUGGCUGCAGUGCUCAUCUGCAGGAAACAGCUGCUCAAUUAUUUGAGUUAUGAGUUGAAUUGGAUGUUGUUUUUCCUUCAUGGAAUUGACAAACAAAACUUGGUGGUAAAAAUUCUGCUUGGUGUUUUAGACUUGGUUAUUUGCAGACAUUUUCUCACGGUCCAAUGAAGUUGGCCUGUUUCUUUAAGGAAAAUUUCUAGUAAAACUUACAAUUCUGGUGAACAUGCAUCCUUCAGUGGGAACCUGGGCAGCUUUCCUUGAUCUGAGGACUUUUCUAAGGAGAUGAAUUAAAUAAACACAUUAUUUUUGUUUA